ACCACACUUCCACAUGUGGCAAGGCUGUUGGUUACAGGAACCUGUUUGAUGGAGCUUGGAACACGUUUCUGGCUGAAGAUAGCAUAUACUUCAUCCAUGGAAUUCUCCAUCUUCAUGCGGAGCUUACUGUCAGGGUAUGGUUCUGAAGGGUUGGGUACACAAACCGAUUUCGGGUUUGCCUUCAAUAAUAAAUAUUUCUCGGAUCGGAUUUUGAAGAUUAAGAUUGUAAUCGACCCGGAAAAGAAAAUUGAAGGUGGAGAUGUUAAUAGCAUUGUUGAGCGGACUCGGAAACGCAAGCGUAAGAGUGAAAAAAAUGAUGCGGACGUGGUCAUGCAACGUGAGGAGCAGGUAUUAAAUUGUAAUGUGCUUGAAAUGGAAGAUGGUCUUGCUGAUGAUGAACAAGAAGAAGAAGAAGUUGUAGGAAUGCUUGAGGAAUCACCUUCUGCCAUGGAGAUGACAACAAAUCCCCCUGGCGAUGAUGAAGCUUCUGGAAAUGAUGAUUCAUCUACGAACACGGACUACUCAAACCCCAUUCGCUUGAGAGCUUUAUAUAUCAGUUCUCCCAUUUUGGCAGUUAAGAGUCGAUUCUUUUAUAAGUUGUUCUCAAAUGGCAUGAAAGAGUCGAGGCAACGACACGUAACUAUACGAAUUCAUGCAUCUGAAGAAGCUGCCCUCAUGGACCUGCUGAAUUUUGUCUAUACCGAUACUUUAUCGACUACAACACCUACUUUUGUACUUGAUGUGCUGAAGACUGCUUACAAAUUUGAGGUUGCAUCAUGCAUGAGAUACUGCAGCCGCUUACUGCAGAAUUAUCGCAUGACAUGUGAAUCAGCAUUGCUCUAUUUGGAUCUUCCUUUCAAUAUAUCAAUGGCUGAUGAAGUUCUUCCAUUAACAAAUGCUGCAAAACAGUUUCUUGCUUCGCAUUUCAAGGAUUUAACCAAGUUCCAAAAAAAGGUAUUGAAUUUGCCUCUUGCGGGAAUUGAGGCCGUUCUGUCCAGUGAUGAUCUUCAGAUUGCUUCAGAGAAUGCUGUCUGUGACUUUGCGUUGAAGUGGGCCCGGAUGCAUUACCCAAAGCUUGAGGAACGGCGGGAAAUAUGGAACUCACGUCUUUGUCACCUCAUUCGAUUUCCAUGCAUGACAAGCAGGAAGCUGAAGAAAGUCCUAAUAACGUGCAAUGAUUUUGAUUCUGGGCUUGCUUCAAAGCUUGUCUUCGAGGCUCUUUCUUAUAAGGCCGAAGCACUGCAUCGUCAGCGCUUAAUAGUUGCAGAGGCAGGGAAGGAACUGGAAUAUCGUUAUGUGGAGAGGGCAUACAAAUAUAGACCUGUUAAAGCUUUCGUGUGCAAAAUGCUUCGUCAGCAGUAUCUUAUUUACCUUAUUUUGGAAAGAGAUGUGUGCGCUAGCCUCUUUCCUUCUGGUAGAGUUUAUUCACAGGCUUUCCAUUUGGGUGGACAGGUUUUUUUCCUGUCAGCUCAUUGCAACAUGGAUCAACAAAGCGCAUUCCAUUGCUUUGGGUUAUUUCUGGGUACGCAAGAGAACGGGUCAGCAUCACUUGCAGUUGAUUACGAAUUUGCAGCGCGUAUCGGUCCAGGCGGCAAACACGUUAGCAAAUACAAGGGAAACUACACUUUCACAGGUGGCAAGAUUGUUGGCUGCAGAAACCUGUUUGGUGUAGCUUGGACUACGUUUCUGGCUGAAGAUAGCAUAUACUUCAUUGACGGAACUCUCCAUCUUUGCGCCGAGCUAUCUGUCAGGCAAUAGAGUGUUUAGCAGCCUGUACCAGAGUUCUGAAAGGUUUACAUUGUAAUGGUAUCUUUGUGUUUUUACUUAAAGUGCACCGCAUAUGAGCAAGUGUUUUGUGGGUUAUAAUGCUUUUUGUUACUUGUUGGCGUAUACACUGUUUUAAAUUAGUAAGAGUCAGGCUUGUUGAGUAGUUUCAUAUUUUGAUCUUAUAGUGACUUUGAUCAUGCUGAUUCCAGUGGCUUUGGGAUGUGUAUUUAAGUACUUUCUAUAAAGUUUCAUCAAAGCUUUCUAUUUUGGCUUGUGGAUACA